UAAGAAACAGCCGGCAGCUUGCUGUAGUGACAUGGCAUACUGACAAUUGUCCUUUUAUUUUAGAAGAAAAUCCAUCUGAAUGGUUGCAACUUCUCACUAUGGCUGCCUCGGCGAGAACAUGGCUUCUUAUGGUCAUAGAUUUGAUCUGUCUACCAAUAGCUAUCCUGCCUGCUGCUAUCCUGGUCCUGUCUGACAUCCAGCCGAAUGAGAGCGGGUUCUACUGUACCGACCGGCGGCUCUCCUACCCGUACCGGACCGGGUCGUGGGCACACCGGGUACUCGGGCACUGGGGCGUCCUCAUCGCCAUGGCCAUACUUGUGUUCGUGUUAGGAGAGCUGGCUUUAUAUUUCCGAGAGAAAAGAUCGCUCAACGACAGAGGGAACGCGGGUCAACAGGAGUACAGCGACAUUCUCACCAACUUCUUCGCGCGCCUCUUCAAAAAUACCGUCCUGUUCUUCUUUGGUCUAAGUGCGGCGAUAUCCGUAGCGUAUAUUGCAAAGUACACCGUCGGGGAGCUCAGACCGUACUUUCUACAGGUGUGCGGGCUCAACUUUACCUGCACGAGCAACACGGGACUCCUGUUUCCUAACGUCUGCACUGGAGACAAGCACUCCAUGGAAUCAUCAAAGUUGGGUUUUGUAUCUGGACACGCCACGAGUCACUUCUACACAGCAAUCUACCUUGCGUUGUACAUCCAGGCGCGUUGGAAGUGGCGGGGACCCUGGCUCGUCAAGCCCGCCAUUCAGGCAGCUUUUGUCGCCUUCGCUGUCUGGCACUCCUACUCUCGCGUGGCGAUCUACCAUCACGACAUCUACGAAGUCAACCGGGGGAUUGCCCUGGGGGUUAGCUUUGCUGGAGUAAUGGUUCUGUUUGUGUCUGACCUGUUCUGGGACCGUGCAGCGGCCGCCUCCCGGGCCCGAUCCUGGUACGUGGCGACUGUAGGAGCGCCAUUCGGAGAGGAUGACUAACUUUUGCAACAUCUACAAGAAAGAGACACGAGCAUUAUGUGUCCUGCCUACCUGCCUUCCUAUACGCUCAGGCCAGGUACUGGCCCCUUGCUUCUCUCCGCCAGGUUCCCCCAACCAGCUCUAGGGCAAUAGUCUCUGCUAGUCUUAGGGUAAGCCUUGUGUCACUCUGAAGCUGGUCUUUCCACCUCUUGGGUGGUCUUCCCCGGGGUCUAGGGUUUUUAAGGUGUUUGCUGGUCUUCGCAUCACAUGCCCAAACCAUCUGAGCCUUCUAGUGCGUAUCCUGUCAGUGAUGGUUUGUUCUGCCCCGAGUCUUGACCGGAUUUCUGCAUUUGGGAUGCGGUCCCGCAGGGAGAUGCAGAGUAUUGCUCUUAAGCAUCUCAUUUCAAAGGAUAACAAGAGAAGUUCAUCCGAUUAUGUAUCAUUUGUGCAUGAAUAAUUUUAUCCCAUUGGGGCAAAAAAGAUCAAGCUACACUAAGAUGAAAAGCUGACACAUGAUCGGUUCUACACUCUGACUUCAAUACUUAUUUAACAAAAGAUAACUUUAGAGACUUUGAAUAUCAUAUUGAACACGAUGUCGAUUAUAUGAUAAAACAUAGAGUACAUGUACAUAUAGAUAGGUGAAGGAAAAGUCACACUUUCGUUAAGUGGUAAUAGG